AUGACACAAAAUAAAGGCUUCCAAAAAUAUCUCCAAGAAAUUGAAAGUUCUGAUUAUGACGGCCCUGAUAUUUCCCAAGCACUACCCGCUAAUGCUUCGCCAAUUGAUAAGGCCAAAUAUAAGAAGUAUCUAUUACCGAAAAAAAAGACACGAUACAUGCCCGAACUGUUUAAGUUUGUUGAGGAAAAGGAAGCCGAUAAAGAGCGACGGUGA